GCUAAAUUCUAUACGUUUGAUAGCAGACGCAGCCUUUUCUAGACUGGCCUAUGUUCAGCAAGGAGUUUGUAAAUUUCGUCAUUGUAAGAUAUAAAUUUCUCUAUUAGGAUGACCAUGAUUUCAAAGGCUGCAGUGGGUAUUGCUGUUGGCAUAGCUGGAAUUUUUGUUGGAUAUUGCUUUUAUUUCGAUCAAAAGCGUCGUAGUGAUCCAGAUUUCAAAAAGAAAUUGCGUGAACGUAGAAAAGCAAAGAAACAAGCCCAGAGUUCUACUUCAAAAAUACAAGAUUUGAAAGACCAUGAAGUAGUACAAAGAUUUUUCUUACAAGAGGUCCAACUAGGAGAAGAAAUGCUUACUUGUGGUGAUGUAGAAGGAGGAAUUGAACACUUAGGAAAUGCAGUUGCAGUUUGUGGACAACCUGCACAGUUGUUACAAGUUCUUCAAAAGACACUGCCACCACAAAUUUUUCACCUUUUAUUACAACGAUUACAACCUAUUAGUCAGAAACUAUCAACUCAAAUUGCAAUGGCUGAGGAAGAUGUUGAGUGAAAUACUAUACAAAUUGCGUUGAAUAUUCCAAAAAAUAAAAUCAAACCAUUAGUAGAAAGUGUAUGUUUUUUUGCUGAAGUAGACAUUUGUGUGUCUUUAAUCUGGUCAAGCUUUUUAAUUAUAUGUUUUGUUCUCCUUAACUAAACUUCCAUAUUCCUCAAUUGUAUAUUAUUAACUAAAAACGUGAUUACUUAUAUGCAUUUAAAUUAUAAAUGGAAGAAAUUCUUGUAUUCAUUUCUAAAUACAAUCUCUAUUUAAAAAUUUUCAUUAGCUAUUUUUAAAAUUGUGACUGCCACAAUAAUGAUUUAUAGUGUGCAGACCAAGUAUGUAUUAAUUAAAAUGGCAGAAGAUACGUAUAUAUAUCACACAGACUCUAGAAAGAUCUCUAGUCACACAAGAUUUUCUUUAUACGAUAUGAAUAUAAUAAAUUGUUCAUAUUUGUUAAAUGUUUCACAAUUUUAAGAGUGAGCAGAAGUAUAAAAGUAAUUAAGGAGUGCAUUGAUCUUAUUAUAAAAGCUAAUAUAAUUAGUGCUAUAGAAGUUUCAGAAUAAUUUUAUGUAUUGGUUGUUGUAACAUGUUGAAAUAUUAUACUCCCUUAAAAAGGAAUUCAUGUGAAAUGUGAUCCUAAAUAACAUGUUAUUUCCUAGAAGCAUUUACAAAUGGCUAAAAGAAUACUAUUAUGACUAUAUAUUCAUAAUGAAUAUAUUUUAUAAAAUUUGCACAAAUUUAUCCAAAUAUAUAUUCUACCUUGUGAAUAUAAAAUUAAUAUCCUUGUAAUAGAUGUAUCAUUAUAAGCAUAUGUACAUGACAUUAUUUUCAACGGUACUCACUAGCAUACUAAACACUUUAUAAUUAUUUUUUGUAUAAAAAAAUGUUCUAUUCUUAUAAAGUAAAGGCAAUAAUAAGAAAGAA